GUAUGGAGGCAGGGGUUGCCCAGGCUCCGUGGGCUCGCCGGGACUUGAUGGCGAGGCGGCUGGCUGGUGGGCCGGACUGCUGAGCUCUCGCCUCCAGAGCCCCCGGGCCAUGCUGCCCUCGCGCGUGGUGCGCGGCUCGUGGGGGGCCCUGUGCGGCGCCGCCUGGGCGCGGGGGGCGCGGCCGGGUGAGGGGCGCGCCCGCCGGGCUCUGCUCCCGCCGGCGCCCUGCUGCCUGCGCUUCCUGGCGGAGCGCCGGUGGCUGCGUCCGGCCGCGCUCGGCCUGCGGGUGUCCGGCGCCCGGCCGCGGGCCCACUGCUCGGGCGCGGAGAAGGCGGCGCCCGGAUCUGCAGCCGGAGGGAGUGCUGCCGCCCAGGCCCCGGCCGGCCGCUGGGGCCCGGCGAGCGCCGCCAGCCUGUAUGAAAACCCCUGGACAAUCCCAAAUAUGUUGUCAAUGACAAGAAUUGGCUUAGCUCCAGUUUUGGGCUAUUUGAUUAUUGAAGAAGAUUUUAAUGUUGCAUUAGGAGUUUUUGCAUUAGCUGGGCUAACUGAUUUGUUGGAUGGAUUUAUUGCUCGAAACUGGGCCAAUCAAAAAUCAGUUGGAAGUGCUCUUGAUCCACUUGCUGACAAAAUACUUAUCAGUAUCUUAUAUGUUAGCUUGACCUAUGCAGACCUGAUUCCAGUUUCACUUACUUAUAUGAUAAUUUCAAGAGAUAUACUGUUGAUUGCUGCCGUUUUUUAUGUCAGAUAUCGAACUCUUCCAACACCGAGAACACUUGCUAAGUAUUUUAAUCCUUGCUAUGCCACCGCCAGGUUAAAACCAACAUUCAUCAGCAAGGUAAACACAGCAGUCCAGUUGAUCCUGGUAGCAGCUUCUUUGGCAGCUCCAGUUUUCAAUUAUGCUGACAGCAUCUACCUUCAGAUCCUGUGGUGUUUUACGGCUCUCACCACAGCCGCCUCCGCGUACAGUUACUAUCAUUACGGCCGGAAAACAGUGCAGGUGAUAAAAGGCAGAUGAAAGCCAUUCGCUCACUACCACUAGCAAGGAAGCGAUCGACACGUCGUUGGUGCCAGGGCCACUCGGAAAUCUGAAGGAGUUUUUCCAUGUUGGUGUUCAGCUUGAAAAAGGACUUGUCAGAACAAACCAUGUCAUUCAAAUUGAAGUCGUGUGCAUUGAAAGUAAGCUUGAUCAUGGGCAUAUGCGGAAUUUCCAGUGUAUUUUUAAAUACAAAUAAAGCUAUCAUUUAGAAUUGUUUCUUUCUAUCUUAGGUUUCUUGAUUAAUUUGUAAGAUGCCAGUUAUUCCAAUGAUUGUCAGUCACAUAUUAAGAUAUUUGAAAACAAAACAGGCCAGAGCAUGGAAGCUGGAGCUGCCGCUUCUCCACGUAGAACUUAGUAACUCAGAACACCCGGGGAAGCUCCGGGCUUAAAUACAGAUCCUGUACAACUUGGCUCAACGGUUGUGGGUUUGAUCUGAGAUCCGGAUGCACAAUGUAGUUCACAGGGUUACUCUUCCAUCAUUGAGUAUAUUGACAGAAUAAAGAUUGCCUAGCUACGAAUGAAAUAAAGUUGUAAAGAGAUUUAAAAUGCACGAAGUUGUGAAAAAAAUAAAUGAGCUCAAACUAAAUGUGAGGAGCUUCAAAAUGUUCAUGGAAAAAUUUCAUUUUCCUUGAAUUCCAUUUUUCCUUGAGUUUUUUUUGAAGCUCCUCUCUCAUAGAGGUAUUUCUGCUCAGUAAAGACUUCCAAUUUCUCAGGUGCUUACUAGUGUGUGUAUCAGGCUCACAAAUAACCAAGGUCGUUAGAAGGCAAGAACAUGUCCGCUACCCUUUGCCAUCCGGGAGUCCAUAAUUUGUGUCAUACUCCCCACAUGUUUCUCUCAUAGCAAUGUUUGUAUGAUAUUUGGAACUCAUAUUCGUGUGAUAUGUAAAUAAUAUGAAACUAUAUUUUUCAACAAUUUUUAAAACUUUGGCGUAUCUUUUGUUUUUGUUAAACUAUUAAAAUCGUAAAAGAACUGGAA